CCAUCCGUUGCACAGCCGCACUCCUGCCAAAUCCCAAGUCUAAAUUUUCUUAUCAUAUGCACUCAAAAAAAAAAAAAAAAAACACUAAAAAAUUUCUUGAUCGUAUGUAAACCCUAAACAGAACUCCAUUGAUAGACCACAAGAUGGAAGGGAAAGAAGAAAAGAGGUUGCAGCUGGACGACUUCAUUGUGGGGACUCUACCCACUCUUUAUUACAUCCCCAACUUCAUCACAGAAUCUGAGCAAGCCCAGCUUCUCCACCAUAUUUAUGAGGGGCCAGCAUCGAGAUGGAAGUACUUGAAGAACAGGAGAUUACAGAAUUGGGGUGGUGUGGUGCAUGAGAAGGGCCUUCUGCCACAGGAAUUGCCUCCCUGGCUUACAAAGAUUACUCAAAGAAUAUGUCAACAAACAGGGUUGUUUCCAUCACCAAUAAACCAUGUGCUCAUCAAUGAAUACCUUCCUGAUCAAGGGAUCAUGCUUCACCAAGACGGCCCUGCCUAUUUCCCCGUUGUGGCAAUUUUAUCUCUGGAAUCGCCUGUUAUGAUUGAUUUUAUUGCCCAUCCAAGAUUGAGAGAAGAUUCUGCUACUUGUACAGUUGCAGCUAAAGCUGAGACAAAUGGCUCAUUGGGUGAGUCAUUAUGCAGACCAGAUGUUCACUGUGAUCCGUGCUCUCUUCUACUAAUGCCUUGUAGUUUACUGAUAUUCAAAGAUCAGGCUUAUACAGAUUACCUUCAUGGCAUCCAAGAUUCUGAAUUGUGCAGUUUUGACAAGGUUCUGAACAUUUCAGAAGUUAAGAAACUUCAAGCGCAGGAGCUGACUUGUGACCCUGUAGUAGCAGAAGACUCCAAUGGUACCGGACAAAGUAGCAUCUUCCGUAGAACUUCAAAGAGAGUCUCACUGACAUGUCGUUUGGUGCCGAAAGUUCACAAGAAUCUUUUCAAAUUCUAAAACAAUUCAUGUGAAAUAUGAUUUGAACCUUUAAUAUCAAUUGAAUUGCAAGUUUUUCUGAAUUGGAGAGCGAUAAAUUGUUUUUCUCAAAGAAAUAUAAUAAGUAGCCGGUUAUCAUGGCUAUCAAUAACCUGCAUUUCACCACUGUGAUAAUCUCCUGCAUUCUAUCAUAUGGUCUUAAAUAGGAAUGAGCAUAUAGGCCAAGGAUGAGGAGAAUUUUCUUGGCAGAAGUCUACAAGUCAGAUCCAUGAAGAAAUGAAGUUGGGGCUGAUUUGGCAACACGGAUGAACUUUUUAUGUGCAAGAAUUGCCUCCUACCAUUACUCCAGCAACAAAUAGCUAAGGCGAAGUUGUCGCACGCAAUUGACUAUUUUGGUUGCUGCACUCAGCUUAUGGAGUGAAGGCCACCUGCAGAGGGGCUGUGGAAUAAGCAAGCCAUUCAUGAGCAGCUUUAUGUGCUCAGAAAGCUUGACAAGGGCUUGCUCAAUUAGCAAACCAAAUAUGCACUCAUUUUGCUGGUUUUUAAGCUAAAAAUCUGAAUAUAUGAUUAAUAAGACAUACAUCAUUCUAGUUA